AAUAAAUUAGUUGUUUCAGGGCUGAAAAUUCUUUGAAAUUGCCAAGUUCUGGCAGAAAAGUUUGUUUAUUGAUUUUCUUCAUUCAGUGCACGAAUGCAUUGUGGGAAAUGACAUGGCUUUUUCAAAUAUGACAAAAUUUCCUCCAAAAUUCGUCUAAUAUCUCGGCAUAUGGAGUAGAGAUGAAGAUUGAUUUGUGAAUAUUGGAGUUAUUUACACUGCACCAUGUCUAACGUCAUACCAAUGCUAUCUGCAUCUCCGCCCCCAAUGGAAGAGACAUCAUUUGACACAAGCUGGGGCGAUGAUGACUUUGGGGACUUUUCAUCUGCUCCUAACCCUCUACCACAAAGUGCUCAGCCUGACAUAUCAAAUCAUUCAGAAUUGGAUAAAAACAGUGUGCCAGUAGCAACACCGCCAGCGACAAAUGUAGUUAAUUCCCUCAUGAAAGAAGUUCCAGGUAUUAUGGGAAAUUCUGAAUUUGUAACAAUGAACACAGUGAAUGAUGCCAUAAGUCAAGAAGGAAACUGGGGUGAUUUUUCAGAUGAACAGAAUGGAAAUAUAGACAAUGAUGAUUUGUCAAUGAAAAGGAAUGGAGAUUUUUCUCAUACAUUUAUCAACGAAGAGGAAGCUACGGUAACCAACAAAAUUAGCAUUGAAGCUUUAAACUGUAAAGCAGAUGCUCAGGAGAGUACAAGUCAGGAUUCUGUCACAGACUCUGGUCUCUUUAGUGACACUUCAGCUGCGGGAAAAUCAGAUGGAGAUGAAAUACCAAACUGUGAAAAUGAAAAAUUUUCAGAUUUUCAAUCUGUACCUAAUUUAGGAAUUGCAAAAUCAGACACUGGAGAGAGUCUUGCCACUCUAUCUCCUGAUAAAGAAUCUAGUAAUGUUGAAAGUGCAAUACUUGAAAAUGCUGAUGUGGCAAUAACUGGAAAAAACAAUGAUAAUGAUGAAGUAAUUCCAAAAAGUGUCAACACUGAAUUUAUAAGGACUGAGUGUGAACCAAAUGAAGAAGAAAGUCUUUCAGGAAAUGAACAGUCAAGUGAUGAACAAAGUGCAAUAGUUAAAGAUGAUUGUAUAGGGAAGUCUGAAUCUAAUCCAGCCAUUACUGCCACAUUCCAAGUAGAAGAAUCUUCUAAAACUGCAUCAACAGACUCUGAACAUACAAAUGCCUCAGGGAAUGAUGAAGCAUCAAUAGAAGCAUCAAUAAAUUCAGAUUUUAAACCGGAUAAUGCUGUGAAUGAAUCAGGUACUAGUCAAGAAAAUAUAGACUUUGAUCUUAAAUAUCAGUCCAGUGAUAAUGAGAAUGAAAACAUAAAAGGAAGUCUUGAAGUCUCGGAUUCACAACUUGAAGAUUUAAAAACAGAUGACUUGGAUGACUUUCAGGAUGCUCAUUCUAUUAAUAAUGUGGACGGUAUAGAACAGGUAACUACACCUGAUGUAUCUGCUUUAAAGGAGGACAAUGCUUCAGAAACAUUGAACGAUGAUGUUGAUGAUUUUGCAGACUUCUCAUCUGCACCUGCAAUGACUGACACCGAUGUCAGUAAAGCAGAAACUUCAAACGUUUCUGAAUCUGUACCUACUGUAGAAAAUAAAGAAAAUGAUUCAUUAAAUUCAUUACAGAAGGUUCAAUCUACAUUCCCUGAAAAAUUAAGUGGAGAUGAGAGUGAAGAAGAAAGUGAUGACUUUGGUGAUUUUGGGUCAUCAACUUUUCACGCAGUUGAUAGUCUCCCUGAUUUCAGACCAAGACCUAAUAGUAUUAGUGAAACAAACAUUGAUGAAAAUGAUGAGGAGGAAUUUGCUCCAUUUGACUCAAAUCAGGAUUUCAAAGCAGAAAAAUCAUCAGAAACUGGAGAUGAUGACGGCUUUGCCAAUUUUGAAACGGCAGCAAAACCUAAAGAUGAUGACGAUGAUGAUGAAUUUGCCAAUUUUGAAAUGGCAGCAAAGUCUAAAGAGGAUGACGACGAUGGCUUUGCUAAUUUUGAAACGGCUGCAAAACCUAAUGAUGAUGCUAAUGAUGGUUUCGCUAAUUUUGAAUCUGCAUUAGAUAAACCACGGGAAGGUUUUGCUAAAUUUGAAACUACACCGGCAACAACCAGCUCAGGGUGGGCCAACCAAGAGACUAUAUCUAACAAUGAGGGAUUCACUGCAAAAUUUGAUGAAGAUGAUGAUGACGACUUUGGAGAUUUUGGUGACUUCGAGUCUACAGAGCAAUCUGCUCCAAAAAUACAGCCAAAAAUUGUGGAGACUCCAAGUAUUAACCAAAAAACUAGCCAGCAGAUCAAAGGCCGUGUUGAACAAAGUUUUCCCCUUAAUAACGAAGACAGCGUUCAGCAGAUAACCAUAGAUUUCCUCAAAGCUUGGCUAGAAAAAGAAAGUGAGAAGAUUGAAAAAACUAUCGAGGGAGUUGGAAGAAGUAAAAGUGUAAAAAAUGUGAAAGUGGAACUUAAUGUCUGGAACAACAUGAAAGACAUUGACACAACAAAUGCCCUCUUGUACCAUUGGAGCCAUUCUGCUAGCAGGAAAAUUAUGCUGAAGGCCCUUCAGAUUGACACCAGAAAUAUGUUGGUAGGUCACAAGAAACCAGCAGUGCCAGUCUUCGCCUCAGGUCUUGGACUGUUGGAGCCUAGCAAAGGACCAUCAGAGCCUACUAAGCUAGAAGAGCCCAUGAUGCCAGCCCUUGUGGAUACAUCAAAGGUGGAAUCUGCCCCAGCUACCGAGGAGGUAUGUCCCCCUAUACAGUUUGACUGGAGCACCAGUGGUCUAACGAACCCCUUAGAUGCACACAUGUUAGAUUUGGACUUUUUCUCCCAAACCACUUCUAACUUGGCUUCCAAGUCAGCAUUGGAGAAAGAAUUCCUGAAUGAUCUGGACUCACCUAAACCCGAACCAAGCAAGCUUCAACCCCUGGAAAACAUUUUGGCUAACCUUAACAACCCAGGGACAACCACAUUCAGCACAGUUCCAAGCCAGGUUAAGGUGGAUGAGAAACUGAGCAAGGAGGCAAACAGUGUUUUAGUGGGGCUCCCUAACCUUGCUUUCAUGCAGGCUAAAGUACUGAUGUUCCCUUUGAAAGGUCAGAUGGAUUAAAACAUGUGGGGCUACCUAAACUAACAUCUUUUAGGUUAUGU